GACCGGAUCCUGCACCGGGGGCUGAGUGCAACGGGAGCAACUCCAGGAUCGGAACGUGCACACCGGUGGCUGAGUGCAGCGGGAGCAACUGCCCAGUCCCGCACGUUGGCAAAGCAACAGCACUACAAUAAUGAAUGUCACUGGUGAUGGCAUCCUGAGCUCAGCCUACCUGGCUGUGGAGUAUGUGGACUCGAUGCUUCCUAUGAACCCGCUGCAGGGACCUUUCCGCAGCGUCUGGAAUUACAUGCUGAGCAAUUAUACUAAGUUUCAAAUCGCAACCUGGGGCUCGCUACUUGUUCACGAACUCGUCUAUUUCCUCUUUUGUUUGCCUGGGUUCAUCUUUCAGUUCAUUCCUUACAUGCAGAAGUACAAAAUCCAGCAGGACAAACCAGAAACUUGGGAAAAACAAUGGAAAUGUUUCAAGGUGUUACUCUUCAAUCAUUUUUGUAUCCAGUUACCUAUGAUCUGCGGCACGUAUUAUUUCACUGAGUACUUCAACAUCCCUUACACCUGGGACUCUAUGCCAAGAUGGUACAUGCUACUGGCCCAGUGCUUCGGUUGUGCAGUUAUUGAGGAUACCUGGCAUUAUUUCUUGCACAGACUGUUACAUCAUAGGCGAAUCUACAAAUAUAUACACAAGGUGCAUCAUGAUUUCACGUCCCCAUUUGGCAUGCAAGCUGAAUAUGCUCAUCCGUUGGAGACCAUUAUUCUUGGAGCAGGCUUCUUCAUUGGAAUCAUGAUCUUCUGUAAUCACAUGAUGCUGCUGUGGGCUUGGGUCACUUUCCGCCUACUGGAAACUAUUGAUGUUCAUAGUGGUUAUGACAUUCCUGUGAAUCCCUUGCACCUGAUUCCAUUUUAUGCUGGAGCUCGGUAUCAUGAUUUUCACCAUAUGAACUUCAAUGGAAACUAUGCUUCAACCUUUACCUACUGGGACAGAAUCUUUGGAACUGACUCCCAGUUCAACACUUACUACACAAAGUUAGCCAGCGUAGAAAAAGUAAAAGAUAAGAUAAACUGAAGCCAACCAGAGUGACACAACCAGUCUUUUUUCCAAGCUUCUGAUCCAGAUGUACUGAUUUGUCUGUCCUAGACUUCUGCUAGUCAUCUCCUGCUUAAGAGGUGUUUUUUAGGCUGUGUUCGAAUUUUUUUGUUAGCUGUAUUGUAUGACCAGUUUAGAUGUCUUGUGUGGCUCCAGAAACUUUUGAGAUCUGGAGGUAGGAAUUCCAACUCCUGAGGUCUGGUACUUGGCCAGCUACUAUUGUUCUACAAAUUCGCCAAGCCAAAUAAAAAGUUUACAGUAUAACAAUAAAUAGGACACAAUGUGAUUGCCACUUCUAAUCAUUCAGACUAGUGAAAUUUGCAUUGCCUUUUUGUUUCUUAAGCAGUGUGCAUUGUGUUCCUACUCUAUAAUGAUGCAAGAUGAUGGGGCUUAAAGCUGCAUUUAAACUAAAUCAGCAGUUGCAUAAUUUUGGACCACUUUCAUUAAUAAUCAUUUAGAAGUCUUGAGUGUGAACACUCGCAACAGCUUUGUACAUUAUCCUUAGAAUUAGUUGCCCAGCUAUGAGAGAAAAUUUUCCUUAAACUGGAUUAAUUUGCAGAAGUUCUUAGGUUUUGUCUAUGUUCUUGAUAAUUUCAAUAUAUCAUUCAAUUUCUUUUAUCCACAAUGAUUUCCUUGUCAGUAUUUUAAUAUAAAUAAACCUUGAUUGCAUUGAAGCUGAGGUUACAUGACUGGACUUGAUGGAAUUGAUAUGUAUUCAUUUUCCUAAUUGUGACUACUGGUUUGGGCCGAAACAUGAAUUGUUAAAGGAAGUAACAUGAUGUUUGUUCAGUUUUUAUUAUCAAUAAGUGCUUUGACCUCUUCAUAUUACGGUUUGCCUUUUGUUGGUGUAGGUUGACAUUUUGGUUUGCACAUGGGGUAUUAUCUGUAGUCUGAAAGUUGGAAUAUCAUUUGAACUCAAAUGCAUUAAAGUCAUAUCUGUGUUUGAUUUUCACCUUUUUUAAAAAGUAUUUUCUCUAUGCAGUAGUGGUAGGUUAUAAAACUUAGAAUUGAAUCAAAAGGCAAGGAAUUUGUUCAUUUAGUUGUACAUGAGAUGCAUGCAUUUCUAGUGCUGUCUACACCUAUCACACGGAAGUAUAAAAGGAAACACAAUCGAUCAACAGCAAAACAUAGGAAAUUUAAUUCUAUAAGUUAUGAAACUGAUCCUGUUUGUGGAAUAAUAAUGUGUUUUACCAUCACCUAUUGUUUUAUCUGUUUACAACCCCUCUUAAGUAUUUUUUUCUUCAGACGUUUCUAUGACGAUCAGUGUGGAGAAUGGUCCAACAUGUUUUACACUGGUAAUUUGAAUGUACAUGCCCUGACACCAGGCUGCUCUGCAUCAACAUGUUUACAUAAACUUUAUUUCUCGGUAUGAUGUGCCUGAUAUGCAAGUAUUUUUUGUUAACCGUGAUCACUGUGAUUAUUUUAGGUUUAGUUUAAAACAGUCCUAUCCUAAUAUAUGAAUGAUUUGGAUGAAGGGACUGAAGGAAUUGUUGCUAAAUUUGCUGACGACACAA